CGUUCCGGUUCCGGUGGCGGCGCCGCGGGUGUGUCCGGCCCCGCCAUGCAAUGUCCGCGCUCAACUGGAAACCCUUCGUCUAUGGCGGCCUCGCCUCCAUCGUGGCCGAGUUCGGCACCUUCCCCGUGGACCUCACCAAGACGCGGCUGCAGGUGCAGGGCCAGAGCACCGAUGCCCGGUUCCGUGAGGUCCGGUACCGCGGCAUGUUCCACGCUCUCUUCCGCAUCUGCCGGGAGGAGGGCGGCCGGGCCCUCUACUCUGGGAUUGCUCCAGCCCUGCUGCGCCAGGCCUCCUAUGGCACCAUAAAGAUUGGCAUCUACCAGAGCCUGAAGCGGCUGUUUGUGGACCGCCUGGAAGACGAAACGUUGCUCAUCAAUGUGAUCUGUGGAGUGGUUUCGGGGGUGAUCUCCUCAGCUAUUGCCAACCCAACAGAUGUGCUGAAGAUCCGAAUGCAGGCCCAGGGCAGCCUGUUCCAGGGUGGGAUGAUCGGCAGCUUCAUUGACAUCUACCAGCAGGAAGGAACCCGAGGCCUUUGGAGGGGUGUUGUGCCAACAGCUCAAAGAGCUGCCAUCGUGGUCGGGGUGGAACUGCCAGUCUAUGACAUCACCAAGAAGCACUUAAUUCUGUCAGGCCUAAUGGGUGACACCAUCUUUGCCCACUUUGUGUCCAGUUUCACCUGUGGGCUGGCUGGAGCCAUCGCCUCCAACCCCGUGGACGUGGUGCGGACGCGGAUGAUGAACCAGCGGGCGAUCGUGGGCAGCACGGAGCUCUACAGGGGCACGCUGGACGGGCUCGUCAAGACGUGGAAGAGUGAAGGCUUCUUCGCACUCUACAAAGGCUUCUGGCCCAACUGGCUGCGGCUUGGUCCCUGGAACAUCAUCUUUUUUAUCACAUACGAGCAGCUGAAGCGCCUCCCGUUCUGACAGCUGCCUUCAUCCUACCGGAGUCCUCCUCCAGACCUGCAGCAGCGAGCUCUGCUGCAGCCUCCCUCUUCAUUUCACCACCCCUGUGCUUUGAUGUCUGGAUAGAUGUGGGUCUGGGCUCUCCUCCUCCUCCUCCCCCCCGCAAAUGCAUGGUCCCUGGAGCACGGCCUGGCUGGAGGGUAACCAGGAGGCUGGUGGUGCCAUCAGCUGCGGGUUUGGUCACACAGUUUUCAUGGUUUACAAGUGUCUGGACCCCAAGUGCUGUCUUCUGUGAAGAUGUGUGGGUUGUGGUGGCCUUUUGGUGCAGCUGAGGUUUGGGGGUUGGCUUGGGGAUGGGUUUUUUGCCGUGCCUGUGGGGCGAGGCUGGGGGCUGGGCAGGUGCUGUUGUGUUUCCUCCAGAACUGUAACCUCAUUAAAUUAUUUAUUGACUGGUC